UGACAGAUGACAGUUGAUGUCGGCAUCAACGCACAACAAACAAUAUAUUUCUUCAUGAUUUACCAAAAACUAUUUCUUUACUAUAAUUAAUUUAGUAAAAGGGCCGUGUAAAUUACACUUGUUGUCAAUAAACAAAAAUGAAUUUAGAAUUACUAGAGUCUUUUGGACAAAACUACCCAGAAGAAUUUGAUGGUACUUUGGAUUCGCUAUCAAUUGCUGUAACAUGUGCUUUCAACAAACGGGGAACACUAUUGGCAGUAGGUUGUAAUGAUGGCCGCAUUGUAAUUUGGGAUUUCCUUACAAGAGGUAUCGCUAAAGUGAUAUCAGCUCAUGUACACCCUGUUUGCAGUAUUAGUUGGUCAAGAUCUGGUUAUAAAAUAGCGUCAGCGUCAACUGAUAAUACAGUCUGUAUUUGGGAUAUAUUAUCAGGAGAGUGUGAACAAAAAUAUAGGUUCCCAUGUCCCGUUUUAAAAGUACAAUUUGAACCUAGAAGCAUGGAACGCUUGCUAGUGUGUCCAAUGAGACAUGCAGCAGUAUUGGUUGAUACAACUGGUGGCCACAAAGUUCUACCAAUAGAUGAAGAUGGUGAUCUGAAUAUUUCUGCUUCAUUUGAUCGACGUGGAGACUAUGUUUACACAGGAAAUGCAAAAGGAAAAGUACUGGUAUUAGAUUCACAUACAUUAGAAAUUAAAGCUAGUUUUAGAAUUAUUUUGGGCACUUCAAGUGCAACUGCUGUAAAAAGCAUAGAAUUCGCUAGGAGAGGAGAUUGGUUUUUAAUAAAUACAGCUGACAGAGUGAUCAGAGUUUACGACAGUAAGGAAGUUUUAGCCUGUGGUAAAGAUGGUGAACCAGAACCUAUACAAAAGCUACAGGAUUUAGUCAACAAAACAAUGUGGAAAAAGUGUUGUUUCUCUGGGGAUGGUGAAUAUAUAUGUGCUGGCUCAGCAAGACAGCACGCGUUGUACAUAUGGGAAAAAUCCAUUGGAAAUUUGGUGAAAAUUCUUCAUGGGACAAAAGGCGAGUUGCUUUUAGAUGUAGCGUGGCAUCCAGUUCGUCCCAUCAUUGCCAGUAUUUCAUCAGGUGUUGUGAGUGUAUGGGCCCAAAACCAAGUUGAAAAUUGGUCUGCAUUUGCUCCAGAUUUUAAAGAAUUGGAUGAAAACGUGGAAUAUGACGAAAGGGAAAGUGAAUUUGAUUUAACAGAUGAAGACAAAUCAGUUGCCAGUGGUGCAGAUGAUAAAGAAGACACAGAUAUGGAAGUAGAUGUAUGUUCAAUUGAACCAGUAGCUGCUUUCUGCAGUUCAGAUGAAGAAAAUGAAAAUACUGGUUGUUUACAAUUUUUACCAAUAGCCCCAGAAAUAGAGGAUCCUGAAGAUGCCUGGACGCCAGCUGACACUAAUCUGCCUACAUCUGGACAAGGAACUGGGCCUCCUCCUGCUAAAAAGAAAAAGUACAAAUCGUAUGAUGUGGCUCUUGAAAACACGAGUGACGCAGAAGUACACCCAUUACUCAGCAGCAGAACAAAAGAUAAACAAGUAUUGGGCGGGAAGAAGGCGGCGGGACGGCCUAGAAAAUAGAUUUAUGAAAAAUUUUCCUAAUUUAUCGUGUUUAUUUAGAAUCGAUUCUUUUUACUACGUUGUCUGAAAAGAAAAAUAUAUCUUCAACAAAGUUUUUAA